CUUCCAAUUAAUAAUUAUUGCAGCCCUUGACCCCCUGAAUCCCUUCUUCGCACACGCGUACCAUAUAGUUCGGCAUCUCGUGAUAUUUCGGGCCAAGGGUUGUUGAUUAAUGUGUCUAUUCUUCCCUUGAUCCGGGUUCCUUCUUAUUCUUCCCCUUCGUUUGGCCGGUUUUUAGUUUAGCCCCAUAAACCCAUGUGAGGCGCUGACGUCCUCAACCUUCGGAAAGGUCGACUGAACCGAGCCACGAUCGCCAUGCCGAAGCAGUACGUUCUCUUCGGGCGACCGCUCCCGCCCAUCAGCUCGCGGCGUAUUCCUUGCCUUCUUGCGGGCCUUGCUGUCUUCGCCCUUGUCAGCCUUGUCUAUCUCGCACCAAGCGCCAUACCGACGGGUCCAAGCCUGUCCAUCGCCGACCACAAGUUCUCGAUACCCAAGUCCGUGAAGGGAAGUUGGGGCCACAUAAACCCAUUCAAGCCGCCGGCGCACCCCCCGGCCCGCCAAAAGAAUGACACGUACGGGGAGUCUUCGUGGUACGCCGACUGGAAGUGGCUUACCAUCCCCUUCUCCUCGUCCAUCACCCUCGACGAGAACCGUUCUCUGCUCCCCCAAUUGACGCCGCGACCGCCGAUCUACUGCUACUACGAUACGACGGUCGAGAGGGACAAGGAAAACGAGGAAGCAGAGAGCAAGCUGCUAUUGACAUGGCGGAAGGCCUGGUGGGCACACGGCUUCAAGCCCAUCAUUCUGAGUGCCGCCGAGGCCAUGAACAACCCCAUGUACGAGGAGCUGCAGCGGAUGGACUUCGACCCAGCCUUGAAGUCCGACAUUAUGCGAUGGCUCGCAUGGGAGAAUAUGGGUGGCGGGUUACUGGCUCAGUACCUGGUCUUUCCAAUGGGUCCUCCAGAUGAUCCGCUGCUCGCCUCCUUCCAGCGUGGGGAUUUCCCCCAGAUUACCCGCUACAAGGGCCUCGGUGACGGCCUGUUUGCCGGGCCCAAGGCCGAGCUCGCCUCUGCCAUCAAGCUGGCCCUGGCGACACCGGAUGGGAAGGCGGUCAAGGACUUCGUGUCCGCCCUGCCUCCUAAGGGCGAAGGCAGUGGUUCCGUCAAGGUGGACGAUACCCCAAAGUCGCUAGCGUUCUACAACGCCGCGACCAUCGAGAAGAAUUAUCCCAAAGUCGGGGAGGCGAUCAGCGCGUCUCGCGCGUCCGGCCUCGGCACCCUCAACCAGCUGAUCACGUCGCACCUGCACCUGACGUGGCAGAACACCUACUCGGACGGCAUCGCCGUGUUGAAACCCCUCCCUGAGCACUCGACGCACAUGAUCGCCCCGGCCUACGAGCUGGCCCAACGUCUGGCCCAGUGCCCCCAGUCGCCGCUCCCCUCCUCGUGUCCCCCGAACCGGCUUACGUGCUCCCCGUGCGUGUCUGCCCAGCCCAUGAAGAUCUCCACCCCAAACCGCUUCCAAAACAAAAGCUCGGUCUACGCCAUCGGCACAGUCCCGCACCCCUACACCACCGCCAUCCUGGCCAACCCCCGCCAGAACAUCGACGUCCGCUGGAUCCGCCGCGACUCGGACCGCGACGCCUGGGUUUCCGCCGUCACCAAGGAGAUCCUGGGCACGGGCGUGUCCGCGGGCCGCCGCGGGCUCAUCCUCAAGGAAGCCAUCGCCUCCGAGAUCGGCUCCGCCCGCUCCCUGUGGUUCAGCGCCGAGCGCGACCCCCCCAUCCCCGACGACGUCGACUGGCGGUUCGGCUUCGCCAUCCCGGCGGCCGGCGACGCCGACGACGGCAAGAGCGAGACCCCCGUCCCGGGCCCCGAGCGCCGCCCCCAGCCCCCGCCCCCCGACAAGGCCGACGGUCCCGUCCCCAGCCCGGACCAGCUUGCCGCCGAGCCCGAGCUGCUCAGGAGGGCGCGCGCCAUGGGCAAGACCAAGAAGCCCGCCGACCUCGUUGUGCGCGACGCCAUCGAGGCGUGGAACCUCGCCGACACGGAGGCGUGGCACUUCGCGAGGGCGUAUCUCGCCCGGUCGAGGGUCGAGAGGCUCAAGUGGGAGGAGGAGGAGGCCAAGUACGCCGGCGGCGCGGGCAUCGAGAAGGACCAGAGGAGUGGGUGGGGCAGGUGGCUCGAUGUAAGAUGAUAUAUGCUCAGUUGUGUUAAAAAAAUAAUGGCGUUUCAAAGUGGCAUUUAAUGGUUGGGCUUUUCUCAGAUCUAGCUAGAGAGGUGGUGGCAUCCUGAGUAUGAUGGAAUAGCAGCAUGCCUCGUCCGUUCGAUAAAGCUUUUCUUUUUUUUUAAAAAAAAACAAAAAACCACCUACUUAAUCUCCACGACAAAACCAGGGAUGUGGGAUGUCAGUGGGAAAUGCAUAACUUCUUUUGUGUUCUACAGAAAACAUACUCUACAUACUAAUCUUGUCUUGCCAAUGGAUACCUAGGCGUUAUCGUCCACCCAGCGAAGAUUCUUGUGUCUCCCAUGACCUGAUCCCGCCGUGUAAGGUAGUGUAGCAAAACUCGCAAGGAACAUGUUCGGUAGAAGUUGAAAUCAUCGCAAUAAUCAGCAAGCAUCCAUCCACCUCUCAACACCAAUUUUGUUUUUGUC